AUGGUGCAAACCUAUCAAUCACCCGUUCGGGUAUAUAAACACCCAUUCGAAUUAGUUAUAGCGGCAUAUGAGAAACGUUUUCCAACGUGUCCACAGAUUCCGAUAUUUGUUGGCUCAGAAAUCACGUAUGAAUAUCAUAGCGAAGAUGGUGCUGAAUGGGUGGUUGAGCGAAAAUGUCAACUAAAUGUCGAUGCUCCAUAUUUGGUCAAAAAAAUUGCGGGUGUAGAUUACGUAUAUUUCACACAGAAGAACUCUCUAGAUCGACGGAAACGGACUUUAGAAAUUGAGGCGUCGAAUAUAUCAUUCUCUUCGCGAAUCGUCGUACGAGAACAUUGUAAUUAUUAUGUUCAUCCUGAGAACCCUAAUUGGACGUGUUUCGAGCAGAAUGCGGCUUUAGAUGUAAAAUCGUUUUUCGGCUUCGAGACGGCCGUUGAAAAACUUGCCGUCAAACAAUAUGCGGCUAAUUUAGCUAAGGGAAAGGAAAUUCUCGAGUACUUUAUCGACGAAUUAAUAAAAAGUGGAGUGACGUAUAUUCCGCAAUUCGAGGAUAAAGACAAUAAUUCGAUCGCUGACUCAGCCAUUGACGUCUCCAAGGAGCAUGCGGAUGAAGAAACGUGGGUGAAAUGCUUACCUGAAAGCCAAUCCCUAAUUAAUUGGGCUAUGAAUAAUAUCGCAUGUCCGUGUGUCUGUCCUCUUCUCUUCUCUCAAACAUCUGCCGUUUCAGCCGAGUCAAAACUCGAAGCCGAGUAUAUUCGACGAUUUUUGGGUCAGCUCAGUCCGUUAGAGGAAUCGCGUCUUUGUGAGCUGAAGUAUGGACUCCAAGCCCAACACAAGGGCAAGCUGCCGAACGAUGCACAUCUGUUACGAUUUUUGCGAGCCCGAGAUUUUGAUGUGGCCAAGGCAAAAGAGCUUGUACACAAUAGUAUCAUAUGGAGAAAACAGCACAACGUCGAUAGGUUAUUGCAAGAGUGGACUCCCCCGGCGGUGUUAACGCAGUUCUUUCCAGGAUGUUGGCAUCAUAGUGACAAGGAGGGACGGCCGUUGUUCCUACUGCGUCUCGGCAAUCUUGACAUGAAGGGUAUGCUCCGAUCGUGCGGCUUGGAGAACAUCGUCAAACUGACAUUGUCAGUCUGUGAAGAGGGUUUGAUAAAAACAGCUGAGGCGACAAAACAAAUUGGAGCUCCCAUCAGUACAUGGAGUCUUCUUGUCGACCUCGAAGGCCUGAGUAUGCGACAUCUUUGGCGUCCUGGUGUACAGUCUUUGCUACGAAUCAUAGAAAUUGUUGAAGCUCAUUAUCCGGAAACAAUGGGUCAAGUGCUGAUCGUCAGAGCCCCUCGAGUCUUUCCAGUUUUAUGGACCCUUAUAUCUCCUUUCAUCGACGACAAUACUCGUAACAAAUUUAUGAUCAACAGUGGUGAACUAGUAAAAGAUGAAAUUAGUAAAUAUAUCGAUGAGCAAUACAUUCCGGAUUUCUUAGGUGGUACAUGCUUAGCCGACUGUCCAGCAGGUGGCCAUAUACCGAAAUCACAGUAUAGGCCAGUAGAAGAACUGCCUGAAGAUGCUGAUGUCCUUAGCUCAAUGUAUACAAGGGCAUCUGUUACGAGAGGUUACCCAGUGGAGGUCGUUGUACCGAUCGCAUCAUCGGGCUGUGUUCUUACAUGGGAUUUCGACAUUCUGAAGAGUGAUUGCGAGUUUGUUGUUUAUCAUACCCCAAAGGUGAUACAAGAAGCGGUUGUUCCUCAUUCCCCUACGAUGAUGAAUCCGGUUGAAAUGGUAACGGCAGCAAUUGCCAAUAAUCCUUUGCCGGUCAUUUUGUCCGAUCCUUCCCUAACUCUUGGUGUCGAUCUCACAAUAGAAGAGAAACCAGUAGUGUUUCAAGAAGGAGACUCCAUGCAGGGCUCACACUUUUGCUCACGGCCUGGAACCUACAUCCUUCAGUGGAGGACUCCUGAGAUCCCCGGUCAACACAAUACAACUUUCGACUUUAGUAUCGGUAGCCAUAAAUGUAAACUAAUGUAUUAUCAUGAACUAUUGGACUCGGCCGACUUUAGGGGUUCAGUAGCCUCGUUGGAGUCGUGUCGUAGUUCAUUCAGCUCAAUCGCUCCUCCAUCUCAACCAGGAACACCUUGUAAUAUUGUACGUAACAAAGUAACCAAGUAA